AUGGAAUCGCUUUUGGUAAAUCUCAAGAAACAACUUACUUGUUCGAUUUGCCUCGAUACCUACACCGAGCCUAAAACUAUAUCAUGUCUUCACACGUUUUGCUGUGAAUGUUUGGCGAAACAUGCAAGAGUGAGCCAGAAAAAGGGAAAAUUCCGAUGUCCCGAGUGUCAGGCAGCGAUCGAUUUAUCAGAAGGAAAUCGCUUCGACCGUUUGCCCAACAGCUUUUUUCAUAACAAUUUGUUGAGUCUUCUCGCUGUUCGACAGACUGAUGAUGCAAGUAGCAUUAAUUGUUGUCAAUGCGGUGCAAACAACUCUCAGAUGUACUACUGCUUCGAUUGCGGACGAUUCAUGUGCCCUGGUUGUUUUAACGCACAUGAAGUGCUCAAGAAAUCUUUUCAAGGACACAAAGUCACGCCACUUCAAGACUUCAAAACAGAAGAUUACGAAGCAUUGUUAAGGCGACAACCGUUUUGUUCUCAACAGUUCCACGAAAGAGAAAUUGCACGGUUUUUUUGCUCGCAGUGUCAAGUUUGCAUUUGUCAAAUUUGCAUAGUCACGGAUCAUGAAAACCAUAAAGUUGUUGGGCUCGACAAAGCAGCACACGAGGAAAAGGAUAACAUCAUGUCGGACGCUAAAUUGAUCAAGGAAAUGGAAAGUGAGCUCCGGGAAGUCAUAAAGCAGUUUGAAGAAACCAUUUCUAAGCUAAAAAGCAAUAUGGUAACGGCUAAGCUACGUGUCAAGCAAUCAGCUGAACAAAUGAUCGCAGAUAUUCGAGAGCGCGAGCGAGAGGCAUUGGAAUCCAUCGAGCUCAUCCUGAAACUUGAUCCUAGACCUCCACCAAAGGGAAAUGUCCCACCCUCCUGCCCUACUCUGGGGGCCCUCUUAACAACCAGAAUACUGCCCCCUCCCCACCAGUUACAAGAAAAUAUUGAGUGUAGUAGAACCCUUAUUAUGCAGUCACCCACAGGGAAUGCUCGUCAUCAGCCUCCUGCUCCCACCAGUGCACCACACCCUUCAUCAGGCUCCAGUUUCCCAGACCUUCUUGCAGUACCUACAAAUUUACCAAACUUGCCUGACAGUAUUCGAGGGGGAAACAGUGCCGGCAGUGAAGAUGUAGACUUUGAUGAUCUUACUGGGAGAUUUGAAAAUCUUAAGAAGAAGUAG